CGAUGGCCGGUCAAGAAGAAUUCUACGUUCGUUAUUACUCAGGCCACAAAGGACGUUAUGGUCAUGAGUUUCUCGAAUUCGAACUUCGCUCUGAUGGUCUCUGUCGUUACGCCAACAAUUCCAACUACAGAAAUGAUGAACUGAUCAAGAAGGAGGUCUAUAUCAGCCCUGCUGUUCUGGAUGAACUCAAACGUAUCAUUUCAGAAAGCAAAGUGAUGGAGACAGAUGAUAGCCAAUGGCCUACCAGAAAUGUAGUUGGUAGUCAAGAACUCGAAGUCCGUCUAGGAAAUGAGCACAUCUCUUUUGAGACCUCCAAACUGGGAUCUCUGGCAGAAGUACAGGAUAGUAAGGACCCAGAUGGUCUGCGUAUCUUCUACUAUAUUGUCCAAGACUUGAAGGCAUUCGUAUUCUCUCUGAUUUCGUUGAACUUCAAGAUCAAGCCUAUCAAUUAAAAAAAAGCUCGAAAAAGAAAAGAAAGGAGGAAAUGGAAAGAAUUUCUACAUUAUAAAGACCCAAAAGUGUAUCAUUACACUACCACGAUCCCUUGCUUGCUCACACAUCUUGUCUUCUGGAGAAAUAAAAAGGUGGGCAAAGUCUAAUAGAAAAAAUAAAUAAGAGGGAGUCAAAAUUGU